UCGACCAGAAAACUGUAGUUUCAUGUCAAAUAGUAUUUUUUUAAAUUACUUUUAAUCAUCAAUACUCAAUCAGUAGUUAUAAAUAGAUGUGAAAAAGUAUCAAUUAUAGAAAUUAUUUAAUUGCAAAGAAUUUUAUAAUCAAAUAUAAUCACUAUGAGUGUCACAGAGGCAGAAACAGUCGCUGACCUUAUACAAAAGAUGAUCAUGUCAAUGUGUGAUCAACAGAAACCAGAUAUAAUAAGAAGAUUAAUGAGACUAUCCCUGGGGUUUUUAUCAUCAACUCAAGGCUUUGAAGCAUUUCGAGAAGAUGAAAUAACUAUUGCUAAUCAAAUUAAGAGCAAAUUAUCCACAAAAGACAGUGUUUAUUUUGAUAAAUUGCAUAAUGAUCUAAAAGAUAAGCCACUAAAAAAUAGAGUAGGAAUAUUAUUAUUUCUACUCCAUAUGAGCCAAUCGAUGGAUCAAACAAGGGAUAAGUUUACCUUUCGUAAUAUGAGAUUAGAAUUACCUUCUCCUGCAGCUUCUACAAGUGUUUAUACUCCACAUUCAUCAAGCUCUCAAGCUCAGAUAAUGGUAAUAAAUACUCCAGAUAGUAAUAGUCAAGGAACAAAUGUUCCUUGCAGAAUAUUCACCGAGGAUUGUGUGUCUGAAGAAGUUUUAGUUCAGGAUUUAAUAUACUCUUUUCAAGGAAUCGAAGGUAGAGUAUUAAAAUUAGAUUCAAGUUAUAGCUUUCAAAUAGAUCCAACUGUGACCGUCAAUAAAUCUCACAAAGAAAGCGUUAUACGACUAAGUGAACUUGGUUACUUACACAACAUAAUUAGAAAAGGUAUCGAAAGAAUGUCAAUUUCUGGAGCAGGAAGAGUAGCAGACAGUUUCGUAGCUGCAUUACAUAAAGAAUUAUCCGAGUAUUAUAGAUUUAUUGCCAUAAUUCAAGAAGAAGUGAAUAGAACACAUAAUUCAAUGGGUCUAGAAAGCGUGUCGUUAUCUCAUCUUCAUUUAUGGGCUUCUGAUCCUCUUGGAAAUCUGAAAUGGUUAGCGAUCAUUGUUAAAAAAUGCCAGACAGAGAAAGGUGGAGCUUUAGCAUCAGUAGUAUAUCAAUUUAGCCAUCACGGAGAUCCUAAAGUAAAGAAAUUAGUUAAAAGGAUUUUAAAAAGUGUUUGUGAGCCUCUGUACAGUAUGUUAAUUCGUUGGAUUAAUGAUGGAGAAUUAGAUGAUCCAUUUCAAGAAUUUUUCAUUGAAGCUCGCGCUGAUGUAGUUGGGGAUCGUAUGUGGUACGAAAAAUAUCAAGUAAGGAAUACAAUGGUACCAACAUUUAUUAACAAAGUACAAGCAAACAAAAUUCUUGGGACUGGUAAGAGUAUAAAUUUCUUAAGAGAAGUUUGUAAAGAUCAUGCAGCAUUAUAUAGACGACCGAAUGGCAUACUGAUUGAAGAUCCCGAUAACAAUAACAUUGAAGCCUUCUUUAAUAUGAAUCCAGAUGGUCCUCUGCAAACUAUGAUGGAUGCAGCUUACAAAGAGACAUCUACAAGAGUUGUAGAAAUGCUCACAAAAGAAUGUCAGUUAAUGGAUCAUCUCCAAGGAAUCAAGGGAUAUCUUCUUCUUGGCCAGGGCCACUUUAUUCAACAUUUGAUGCACUUAAUUGAACCUGAACUAGCUAAACCAGCUAAUUCUUUAUAUCCUCAUAAUUUAUCGUCUAUAUUAGAAACUGCUAUCCGAGCCACAUGCACUAAAAUAGAAGAUAUUGAUGUCCAACGAAGGCUGGAUGUCCGAUUAUUAGCUCCUUCUGAGAAGGAAACGGGUUGGGAUGUCUUCAUCCUGGACUAUAAUGUAGAUGGACCUAUCGGAACGAUCUUAGAACCAUGUAGACAAACCUAUAGGACGGUAUUUUUCUCACUUUGGAGAGCUAAAAGGAUGGAGUCAAUUUUAUCGACGAUUUGGAAACAUCAAAUUACCUCAGCGAAAAUACUCAGAAAGAUGCCAGAAAUUUUACCUAUACAGAACCAUAUUCAUUUAAUCACCAGUAGUAUGGUUCAUUUAGUUCAUCAAAUGCAGUAUUAUUUUUUGUUCGAAGUAAUCGAGUGUUCUUGGGAGGUAUUUGCCAAGAAUUUACGUCAAGCAUCAUCUCUAGAUGACAUUUUGAUCGCUCAUAAUAAUUUUGUGGAAUCUGUAAGGCGGGGUACAUUGUUAGAUGAAGACUCCCAAGAAUUAAUGAAUCAUCUGCGGUCAGUUUAUGGUCCAAUAUUAGACCUUCAGAAUUUAGAAGAGACAUUCCUUGCUCGGGCUACUCAAGAAUACGAAGCAAGAGUAAACGCGAAUAAGUUUAUUCAAAUAACAAGUGAAAAGAACAAAACUUGGGGCAAAUCAAAUCAAAUUGAUUCAGAAGUGUCUGAAAGACAGCAUGCAUUUUCAAAAUAUUUAUCUACACUUUCUAUACAACUACGAUUACUAUCAAGAACAUAUCAAGAUCGUGUGAAAAAGUUUCUUCUUAUGCUUGCCUCAGCUGAAAAUGUCUCCUUGCAAUUACUUAGUGUUAGAUUAGAUUUUAAUGAGUAUUACAAGAGCGAAGAUAGUAGUCUCGUUGCUCCGCUUACUUAUCAGCACCGUCGAUUAAAUGAAAAAAGUUUUUCAUCAACUAAGUGACAUUCAGAAAUAGAUUUAUCGAUUUUCCAAGCU